GUGUGUGUGUGUGUGUGUGUGUGUGUGUGUGUGUGCCUUAACAACAGUGUGGAUGCGGUAAAGUAAACGCCAUGUGCCCUGCAUUUCUAAAUAAUUUAAUAAUUUCUCGUUUGUAGAGAGCUGUGGGAACAGAUGUCAACCAGAUUUAACUCUAAAAGACUUCUCCGAAAGCUCCUUGAAAGGGUCAAUCAUGAUGUUGUUGAGGUAAAGCCCAUAACUAAUAUUACAACGAAGAACUGGCUAGUAAAGCUUUCCGUAACAUACGGUGUAGUGAAGCCCUGCUCUGUGUGCGUGUCUUGUAAUAUCUGUAUGCACUAGAAAAGUUAGUUUUAUUUUCAAUUUCGUCUGUGUCUUACACCUUGGAAUAAAGUCUUUCCACUGAGAGAAUGUUGGACAAAGGCGUGAUUGUGCCUGAUGCCUCUCUCGUAAGUUGGGACAUGGAUUUGCUCUGAUAACUUCAGGUUGGAUUUUUAGCUCGGAAAAAGGACUGAAAACUGUUGAACUGGCAGUUGUUGUUAAACAUAUCUAGCUACUGGGAGGUUGCUGGUUUAAUUCCCUUCCAAAGAAAGGUGUCCCCAAGCAAACGUCUUAUGUGUGAGUGUGUUCACACUUUAAGUGGCUAGCAAAGCGCUUCAGUACAACUUCUUACUCUUCUGACUUUCUUCUUAAAUCAGCCGACAGAAUCUGUGACUCACCCUGAAAGAAGCCCACAAAGAGUUACUCCAUUAAUUUGAGUAUGUGACAUUGUACUCAACUCUCUUCCGCUAUCUCGAUUAGUAACUUUCUAAACAGCCUCAUCUUAUUCAUCUUAAUACUAAACUUUGAGCUUAAAGGAGUACUACAACCUGGUCCCUGCUAUUUUGGGUAUAGGGGACUAAUGCAGGCAAAAUAAAUUGAAAUUGGUCCAGUAUUGUUUAGCGAGAACAACGUAGUUGUAAUUCGCAACAACGGACUGCAUUGUAAUCCUUUGGGGCACACAGCGUCAAUGUACGUCCUCUAAAAGUGCUUCCUUUUACCACUGACUCAAAUCACAUUCUAACAUUAUGUAAAGGAUCCCUACAGAGAAACACAAAUUGUCCUUCACCUUUCGUUAGAUCCUGUCUGUUUUGUUAUUGUGUCCCGCCACGUUGAUAGUAGAUUAGUGUAGAUCGGUGAUAUGGAUAUGAGGCUGUAGUCACACACACUUUUUUUUUGUUGCUUUAUCUACCAGCUAAAUAUUCCACAUAAUGGAUGAAUGCUCACCAUUGAACAGUACUAGUUCUAGAGUGAUAUACAAACUAAAAGGGUAUCAUCUUCAUCUUACUACCAUUUAUGCUCCAGAGUACGGAGUACGCUCCAAAAUACGCCAUUUGAUUCACUUUAGGUCCAUGAUUUGUUUGAAUGUUGCUGUGAUUUUGUGUUCAUUGAAGGAGAGAAUUGGCAAUAAGUUGCAUUCACCUGAUCGGCUCAGUCCUAAUGAACGAGUGAACCGGUAUUAAGGACCACAAUUCAUGCUGGGGAUUUUGGAUUUGUCAUUUGGAUGUUUCUUAUGACCCAAUAGAAUGGUCCAUGCCACGAUGUGAGUCACAAAAAAAGUUAUUUUAGGCGGGUGUUUAUUGCUAUUAAUUCUGAAUCAUAACACUGCAUUAGAGAUGGGUACAACAAUUGGGCUGAGCGGGAAGCGAAAACAUGGACCGUAUUUUACCUUUCUGGAGUGAGAUUUGUUCACUAUUAAGACGGGGUAUACUCUGAGCAGAGCUUGUCAUUUCCUACUGAUGAAACGGACUGUAGUUGUAGCCACGUUACAGAAAAUAAUGGAUUUCAGAGAGUACCUCAAGGCCAAGUGCAUCCUAUCUGCAGAACCUCACCAGUGGGUUGCUAGCAUCUUUAGCCAUGGAGAAAGAACACAGAAGUUAAUGAGAACAAGCAUAGCACUGUUCUUCCCAGAUGGAGGCAAAGCGGUUUCUGUGAUCUGAUGCUAAACUCAUUAACUGUUUAUGACAAACUGAUGACUUGGCCUACAGGAAAACAUGUAAUCAAAUAAAUCGACAGAUAAUACAGAAGAUAGUCCCCUGUAGAAAACACUUGCGUUCAGUGGAAUUGCAAUCAUCAUUUUACUCAUUUAUUUUAAUCUACGAUGUAAAUGUCACUACCAUUAAGCAGUAAUGGAUGAUCAGACCAAAAUGUCUGUUAGUGCUCGUAGACCUCUCCCAAUAAUAAUAAGUGUCUCUGAUGCUUUUCUGUUCAGGAUUAAAACCGCAAAGGCUGUUUGUGAAACGCUUUGUCUUUAAGAAGAUGGCGGUGUGGUUACUUCAUUCUUGGUGAGUCCAGUCCCUGUGUGUUCUCUAAUGAACAGCUGUUCAUAAACCCAUCCGCUAUAGGCUAAAUUGACCAAUACACAGCCCUUACCCGAAUAGAUCCCUGCAUACAUACAACCUGGACACGGGUGAGUCGCUAACCACAGAUAGCCCUUGACCAAUGAAAAAAUAUCCUGGCACCAAAUGGAACCAAUGUACCUCUUGAUACACUAACCCAUUUCAACACGUCAACUUAAGUUACGAUUAGUCGAAUGUUUGACUUCGAGAGCGAGGAUGACCACUGCCAGUCCUGGUGAACCAGGGCAGUUGGAUGCGACGGCUACCAUUGGAUAAGCCACCAUCCAAUGCGUCCUCCUCCUAUUAAUAGGUUCGGCAUGCAAACUUGUGGGAUCCUAAUCCCUCCCUUAUGUUGCUUUGUUUUUUGGCAUGGUGCUCCAGUAGUCCAGUAUUACAUCAUAGAAAAACACCAGGUCACAGCCCGUAGUGAGAGAACAGCCCGGAGCACAAAGCCUCUGCCGAAACCAGAAGCACAGACAUGUUGGUAGAACAUGAGGCCUUGGUGGACGACAGGAGCAGAGAUGCAGCCUGAGUCGAUUGCGCCCUGCCACAGUCAGCGUGUGGCCAAUGAGGAUCCCUGUAGACCAGCAUGGCCUGCUCUCAGUUCACCCUCUGGGGGAGAUGAGUUUUGCUCGCAAGCGAGUCCAGAGCCACUCAGGCGCAGCCUAACCACCAGCCAAUCAGAUGCAUCCGGACAAUAAACUGGCCAAUCAUGGCAAGCAAGUGACCGGUGACAGCCGAUCCCAACUAGCCAAUGUAAAUCAGCAGAGUCAGCAGAAGGCGGGAGCUGUGGCCCACUGUCAGAGUCCAAAGGGGGUCGGCGUCGGGGGCCAUGCAGUCAAGACCAAUCAGAUGGCUCCGGCGAACCCUGGGCUGAAGGCCGCCAGCCAAUCGGCGAGCGGCGUGGGAGCGAUGCUGAAAACCAAAUCGAAGCGGGAGAGGAGCGUCUCCGUGGACUCCGUGGAGCCCAGAGAUGCCCUCGCCUCGGCUCUGGAGGCAGAGGCCAAAGCAGAGGGUGUGAUGCGUAGCAAGCGGCGCUGCGUGCUGGAGAGGAAGCAGCCGUACAGCGGGGAUGAGUGGUGCUCCGGCCCCGACACGGAGGAGGACGAGGACAAGCCCCGCGCCGCCGCCCCCCCCCACCGGGAUCGUGGGGGUCCUGGUCCCGGAUCUCUCCAGGGCCUCGUUGGGCGUCCCUCUGGGGGCUCGGGGUCAGACCCCGGGGGGGCGGGGCUCCGGCGUGGGGGGGCAACAGGGCCCAAAGCGGAGCCUUCCCUGCCCUCCUCCCAGCAGGUUGUGUACGUCUUCACGACCAACCUGGCCAACAGUGCUGCCGAAGCAGUACUGAACGGCCACUCUGGUUCCAUCCUUCAGUUUCACCAGCAACAAGUUCCACGCAGCAAGCUCGAACAGGGCCUCAACGCGGGGAAGAUCCCCAGCCUCCCGGAGAAGAUGAGUUCCAGUGGCUCCCCGCCAACGGGAACGCCGAAACCCCAGGGCGGGACCCCCGGCUCUGGCUCGGCCGGAGGGGUCGGGGGCCCCCUGGCUGCGGGAGGGCCGUCGUCGGCGGGACAUUCCGACAAUGAGUCCCCUCACAGCAGGACGGGCGGCCCCGGGCCCUGCAAUAACCUCCGCCUCGCCACCCACAAGGCCCCGGGAGGCGGCGGCGGCGGCGGCGGUACCCCCGCCGGCCCGGCUCUGGGGCCCGGCGCCGGGGAGGGUCCUGGAGGGAUGGCCCACCCCAACGCCGGGGUCUCUCCGUCAGACAGCCCCUCGGCCGUGGCGGCCCACCUCCAGGGGGACCCGGGGGGGCUGGAGGGGCCGGGCGGCGGCGGCGUGGACGGCCUCUCCAAGGAGCAGCGGGAGCACCGGGAGCGCUCCCUCCAGACGCUCCGGGACAUCGAGCGGCUCCUGCUGCGUACCGGGGCCCCCCCCGGAGGGCCCCCCAACCCAGGGGGCCCCAACGGCAAUCCGAACAACAACAACAACAGCAGCAGCCCCUCCAGCAACAACAACAACAACAACAACCUCCCCGACGGCGGCGCGGCCGAGGACGGGGACGGCGGUACGAACAGCGGCGGGAGCAACGCCCCCGCGGCCCCCAUGGGGGGGCCCAAGAAGUACGAGGAGCCGCUGCAGUCCAUCAUCUCCCAGACCCAGUCCCUGGGCGGCCCCGGCAUGGAGGGGCCCCCCAUGGACCCCCAGCACCACGGCAUGCCCCAGCACCCCCACCCCCACCCCCACCACCCCCACCACCACCACCUGUUCUCCCCGGGCCUGGACAUGGGCUCCAUGAUGGGGCCCGACGGCCUGACCCCGGAGCAGAUGGCCUGGAGGAAGCUCCAGGAGGAGUACUACCAGGAGAAGCGCCGGCAGCAGGAGAUGCAGCCGCCGCACGCGCAGCACUUCCGGAUGAUGUCGGAGCACGUGGGCAUGCAUGGCGGCGGCGGCGGCGGCGGUCCCGGCGGCGGCGGCCCCAUGGUGAUGAGGGGCCCCCCGCCUCCCUACCACAGCAAGGCCGACGACCAGCCCUGGGGCCCGGGCGGCAUGAUGGCCGGGCCGAUGGGAGGGAACGGGCGCCUGAUGGAAAUGCACCCCGACGACCCCCGCGGGCCCCGCUUCCUGGGGCAGAUGCAGCGAGGGGGGCCCCCGCACGGCGGCGGGGGCGGGGGGUUCCCCGGUAGCCCCGGGUCGGGUCUGCCGAUGGAGGGCAUGGGGCCUCAGAGACCCCCGCGCGCCGGGGUGGUGUGGCUCGACGACAUGCCCAACAACAUGGGGGGCGGGGGCGGCGGGCCGCCUUUCCAAGGGGGCUGCUAUCCCGGCGGACCGCCUCAGCACCUCCAGGGCGACGGCGAUCGCAUCCUGACCCGCGAGGAGAUGUUCCGCAUCAUGGAGAAGCGGCAGCUGCAUGAGCUCCACCGGCUGGAGGUGGAGCGCCUGGCCAAGCAGCAGCAGCAGCAGCAGCAGAUACAGCAGGGCGGCCUGGGCCAGAGGAUGGUGGACCACCCGGGGGGACCGGCCGGCUUCCCCGGCAUGGGGAUGAGUCGCUGUGCGCCGUCCCGCGGGGACCCCAUGGACUUCCCCGGCUCCCGGGAGAUCCUGGGCUCCCCCGGAGGAGGAAGAGGAGGAGGAGGAGGAGGAGGAGGGGGGCCGCCCCAGAUGAGAGACUUGGUGGACUCCCCGAUGGGGAGCAACCUGAACUUGAGCAUGAGCGCCCAGAUGAGCGCUCAACAGGAGCAGCAGCAGCAGCAGCAGCAGCAGCAGAUGAUGCUGGCCCAGAAGCUGUGUGGCCGUCCGGGAGGGGCGGGGCCUUUAGGGGAGAUGCUGAGCCCUGAAGCCAUCUCCAGAAUAUGGGCAGCGCAGAACGGACGGCCGGUGAAGAGAGGAAUGGGGCCCGGUCCCGACGGCGGGCUCCAUUUCCCCAACCAAGGGCCCUUUUCUGGCGGGCAGAUGGAAGGGCCGUACCUCCAGCAGCCCGGUCCGGAGAUGUUUGGACCGGAGCAGCAGGGACCCUCCCAGAUGGGAGGCACGCCCCGGCUCAGUCACAUGACCAUGGCCGGUGGCAUCCGAGGCCCCGGGCCGGGUUCUCGCCGCCCGUCCGACCUGUCGCUCAACGUGAACCCGAUGGGCUCCCCCUCCAUGCCUCCUCCACAUCAGCUCAAGUCGCCGUCCCUCAGCCAGGAACCCUCCCCACUCCUGCCUUCGCCCUCAGCGCCCGGGCUCAAGUCCCCCUCUCAGAUGUCCUCGGCGGGGCCUAACCCUCCUCUUCCACCGGCCUCGGGGGCCGGAACGCCCUCCUCUGCUUCCAUGAAGUCCCCCCAGCUGAUGGGCUCUUCCUCCCUGAAUAUGCGAUCGCCGUCCGCCUCCCCUGGACACCUGAAGUCCCCGGCCCUGCAUGGGGGCUCCCCAGGAUGGGCCUCCCCCAAAACAGCUCUUCCAAGCCCGGGCAGGCCGGCCAGUGGCAAGGGGCUGGGCAACGGAGGGGGCAGCUCCACUGAGACGGGACCGUCCCUCCCUCCCAGGAGCUCCAACUCCACGCCGGGGAGCCAGCCAGGCUCGCUGAACCCCAGCAUGCCGUUCAACUCCUCCUCCUCCCCCGACGCACCCCCUCCCACCCAGAACCCCCUGUCCCUCAUCAUGAACCAGAUGUCCAAGUACGCCAUGCCCAGCACCACGCCGCUCUACCACGACGCCAUCAAGACCAUCGCCACGUCCGACGACGAGAUGAUGCCCGAGCACCCUUCUCUGUCCGGCGUCAGCAUUGGAGGGAACAUGGCGAACCCACAGGGGAACCAGAUGCUGGUGUCCCAGGGCGCCAUGGGACCCAACGGGGAGCCCCAGAGUCCCAUGGGCAUGAUGCUCCACGGCCAGCCACAGAUGUCACACGACGGGCCCCGCUCCAUGCUGUCCUCCCCCAAUCCCAUGGCCAUGGCCGGGAUGAACCCCGGCAUGAUGGGCCCUGGCCAGGGCGACGGCAUGGGACACUGCAACAUGUCCCCCAUCCCUCAGAACCAGAUGGCCGGCUUCACCCGAAUGCAGCUGCAGCAGCAGCAGCAGCAGCAGCUGCAGCAGCAGCAGCAGCAGCAGCAGCAGCAGCAGCAGCAGCAGCAGUCCCACGGACCCAUGCACUCUCCCCUCGGGGGACUGUCGCACCACUACCCCCAGCCCGGGGACGACGUCAUGCCCUCGCCGCAGCAGCAGCAGCAGCAGCAGCAGCAGCAGCAGCAGCAGCAGCAGCAGCAGCAGCAGCAGCAGAUGCUGCGGGAGCAGAUGCUGUUGAGCAAGGGCCACCCCCACCACCGCCACCCGCACCCCUCCCACCCAGACUUCUCCUCCAUGGGAGACGGCCCGGACCUGAGCGAGGUCAUGCGCACUUCGCACACGGGGAUCCCCGAGUUCGACCUGUCGCGCAUCAUUCCUUCCGACAAGCCCAGCAGCACCCUGCAGUACUUCCCCGCCAAGAGACCCCCGCAGAACCCCCACCAGGGCCAGGGCCCCGGCCAGCACCCGGGUCCCCCGCCCCAGCUCCUCAAGCAGCUGUCCUCCGGGGGCCCCCAGCAGGGCGGCCCCAUGUCCUCCAACCCCCACCUGGCCCACCUGCAGAACAUGAUGGCUGAGCACCAGCUGCCCACUCACACCGCACAGGGGGGCAUGCGCCAGGGCAUGGGCAUGCCUCCAGGCGCUUCCAGGGGCCUGGGGCCCGGCGGUGGAGGCAUGGUCCCCGGGGGAGUGAUGGGACCUAUGGGCCCCAUGUGCCCUCCAGGACACAUGAUGGGGAGGACAGGUAUGAUGCCCCAGCAACAUCUCCAACAACAACAACAACAACAACAGCAGCAGCAUCACCACCACCACCACCACCACCACCACCAGCAGCAGCAGCAGGCCAUGAUGGCCAGCCUCCACCAGGCCUCCCAGCCCCACCCAGGCAUGAUGUCACCCCAGCAACACCCGCACAAUCUCAUGGCUCAGCAGAACCUCAUGAUGAUGCAGGCCAGGGGCUCCCAGGGGCCUCUCAUGUCCCCCCAGGGCCCCAUGAUGGGCCCUCCGCACCGGGGCAUGUCUCUUGAGGGCCCCCUCGGGCCUGGAGGGAUACCCAACAUGCCAUUCUAGUCCAGCUCGCUGAUAACCGACAACCACAAAAAAAGAAAGAAAACAAAAAGAAACAAGAAAGCUUAUUUCCAUCAUGUUGUUCCUGCGUUACGUCAAUAAUGUUUUCAUUCAUGUUAUUUCUGCAAUUAUUUAAAAAAAAGAAUUGUAAAAAAAAAAUGGAUCACUGAUAACCUUCGACUUUUGGAGUUCCAGCUGAUAAAAAAAAAAAAGGAAUAUUGAAAAGCACCGUCACAUGGUUAAGACAUAUGAACCUGUUUUCUAAAAUACUGUAAUAUGUGUAUAUUGCACUAAUGUGUGUAUUUGUUGUGGGGAAACAUUGCGGUUGAGGGGAGUAGUGCCUCACAUUUCUAUUUGUUUUCCUAUUGAUUAUUUUCUUCAACUAUAAACUGUUGUGCAAAGGAAAAAAAAUAAUAUAAUAUAUAGUUGCUGUACAUAAAAAUGCAAUUUGUGAUUGUUUGCCAUCGUUGUGUAUAACUGUUUUAAUAGAAGUCUACAAAAGAAUAAUACUGUUCAGUUGAUCCCAUCGCGUUAGUCUCCGUUUAUUGUCUGACGUGUGUUGCAUUGAUAAAACCGAAGAGGAGACGUGGUUGAAAUAUACAAUUAAACUUUAUUUGUUAACUUGAAGGUAUCUGUAAGAGGACAUUCUGGUAAAACGUUGUACAUUAUUAAACGACAUCUAAGUGCAAUUACAAAAGCUGUGCGGAUUCUCAGUACAUCUUGUAGACUUUUUUUCUCUUUCUUUCAACAUCUACUUUACUACAAGGUCCAAACGACAGGCCUGAUUAUGUCGGUGACAUUGUGUCGCCACGACUCUUUGUGUGUAUUUAAACUGGAGCAGAACCAGGAAUGGGUGAGCGGCUGGUUUGACCUCGGGCAAAGGUCCAACGGAGGCCAGCACCACUGCAUCGUUGCAGUCAGUUAGUUGCAGAAGUGCCCACAUCGAGUGCCCCCCCCCCUCUAGUUGAUCUAGCAUGAUCCGUUUAGAUUCACCAUCUCUUUUAGUCUUGAAGGCCACCAUGUGUGUCUGCCACGGCGGCGAGGUUAUAAGCCGACCGGCAAAGAUGGAGCACAGCAGGGAGGCAGUUGGCGCUGGGUUUCUUCAUGUCUCCUCUGACUGUCAUAAAGUGGAAACCACAGUCCCAAAGCGACAGCACAUAAAAGCUAGAUGCAGGAAAGACAAAUGUGGGGCUAAGGAAGGAUGAUGUGUCAUUUGCAUUUAAAAAGCACAGCUUCUUGUUGUGCUGAUUUAAAUGGGAUGUGUUGGAUAGAUAGAUAGAUAGAUAGAUAGAUCCUUUAAUGAAGGCAAUGUCUCUGAACUGAGAGGAGCAAAACUUUGUGAACCAAUUCCAGGCGAAAUUCUAGAUCAUUUGUACAAGGCCAUACACUUAUUUACCUCAAUUCUGAAGUAAGUGUACUAAAGUAUUAAACCCUACCUAUUAAAUAAGUUAACUUUGACAAAUGCACUCCAUAUACACAAACCAUUUUUUAUUUUUAGAAUUUGGGAUUGAUGUAAAUUGGAUCACUGGGUAAAAAAUGUAUCGAUUAACACAUUUCUAUGUUCUUCGAGACUUCUAAAGUGGCUGCCUGAUUCUCAAGUGAAAUCCGCUGAUGGCGUUGCGCGUGGGAGGGGUUAAAGAGGAGCCGAAGCCAUCGGGGCCGUUCGGUUUAACUCGGGCGAAUUUAUUCCGACAGACCCGCACCGUAGUCCGCAAAAAUAUAUACUGCGUUCACCGCACAAACAUUUACAAGAGUGAAACGGCGCUUUCAUUCAUUCGAAGGUUUUUGGAAACACCUAGAAGACGAAACGGUGAUGCUAAUCCAGAUUAGAUAACCCGGUAUUUGAUAGGUUGUAGCUGAGACGAUACCAGCAAACACUUUCAGCGUUAUAGGUGUGCUCAAUUAAUUCGUCCCAAGCUUUUUUUUUUUCUAUUUACCUUGCGCAAGGACGAUUUCAUCGAUUUGCUCCAACGUGGGAUGCUCAAAAAAGACUU